AUGGGAACAUAUAAUCUUGAAAAAGAGAUACAUCGCAUCUUACAAGACUUAUCCAAGAUACAAGAUUAUAAUGCUAAGUUGCGGAAUGAAUAUAUAAAGAUCAAUAAUGAGGCCAGACAGUUGAAGGAAGUGAAAUCACUUCAAUCUGUGAUUAAUUCAUUUCCCCUAGGAUACUUUGAUAAGAAUAAUUGGCCAGAUGGUCUUGAGAGAACUGAUUCACAUUUAAAAAGUAAUGGCGAAAAAAAUAAUAAGCCAGAGAGCUCUAGCGCUUCUCCAGAACAAAUCAUACUCGCUACUAUUUCUAAAAAAAAGAUUUCAUUAGGUGGUGCAGGGAACUCUAUCGAUAUAGACAAAUUACUAUUAUUAAAUUUGGAGGGUAUCAUGCCAAAAAAAAAAGUCAAAUAUUCCAACCACAAAAAAUAUAUAAAGAGAGAAAAGGUACCAAAGGUACCAGAUAGACCGGGGAUAACAUCUAAUUAUUUACCAUAUGAGUACAAUAGCGCUAGUGAAACUUCUUCGAAUCUUUUUUCAAUAUGA